ACAGCAAAUCGCCAACUCUGUCCUUUAUUUGCAAAAUACUGAUGUCAUCGACCGUGUGCAAUAUCUUUUUUUCCAAACUUUGUCAAAGAUAGCAAGAGACAGAAAACAGCGUGACCAAUGGGAUGUGUGCUUGGCGGAUGCCAUAUUAGCAAUACGAACGAUGCCUAACGAUGUCACCAAGUACAGUUCCUCAUUUUUACUCUAUGGAUAUGAAUUACGCACCCCUGCUACCUGGCCUGCUCCAAGAUCGGAUUUUGUAGAAGGUGAUGAUUUUUCCUGAACAUUGGAAUACCAUCAAAAAAAACUCAUGGGCUUUCACUCGUUUCUUUGCCAAAAUAUACUAUGCCAAUUGGUGCGAAGAGCUAAUGUCGGCUAUGAUUGUGAUGCUGAGGACAAAAAUGACAAUCCUUUGAAAAAAAAGAAGCUAUGGUGUUUAGACAUGCGUUUGACUUUAGAAAACUACGUGGCAUAAGGCGUCAUCCGUUGUCUAUUACGCAUUAUUUUUAUUUUGCCAAACUAUUAGUGGACAAAAAUUCGAUUGACUCGCUGUCUGGAACCACUUUACCAUCAAGCCUCAAAUCAACUGCAACUCAGGCUCUUUCUACUAAUCUUGAUAAUAUUUGGAAUGGACGGAUAUUCGAAAGACUUUUUGGUUAUGUUUUACGAAUCCUUUUGCAUUUACACUUGGCGCAUCAUCCAUCAUCCAUCGUCCAUCAUUCAUCAUUCCAUCAUAAAUCAUUAUUUAGAAAAUCCAGCGUACUUUAUUAUGUUAAUAAAAUGUUUCAUUUAUUAUAUGAUUCUUCUAUUAUUCAUAUCCCAA